AUGGCUUCCAAUCCUAUCAUUACAGGCUUCAACCCGGACCCGACAAUUAUUCGUGUUGGGGACGACUACUUCGUUGCGACGUCGUCCUUCGAAUACUUUCCCGGAGUCCCUAUCUACCACUCGCGCGAUCUUGUGAAUUGGAAAGUCAUCGGGCACGCUUUGACUCGCCGCUCGCAACUCGACUUGCGCAAUGUUAAUCCCGGCGGAGGUAUCUGGGCGCCGACCUUACGGUACCACAAGGGCACGUUCUAUCUUGCCACAGCCGUCGUGUAUGAUAUGAGGGCCACUCACACGCCGCCAAGGGGGUUCUACGUAUCAACCACCAACAUCUGGGACGAGACGACUUGGAGCGACCCAGUCUUCUUUGACCAGAUGGGGAUCGACCAGGAUCUGCUGUUCGAUGACGACGAUCGCGUUUACCUCUGCACUGCUCGAAAGACCAUGGGGCCUCGUGCACCUCAAGAGGCAAAGCUUGCAGUCUACGCAUGUGAAAUUGACCUUGCCACAGGCGAUAGCUUGUGCCCGCCAGUUCUGCUGAGCUGGCACAAGGGCGUAAGUGGCGGGGUCGACGAGGGCCCACACCUCCUGAAGAAGGAUGGAUUCUAUUACUUGUUCAUCGCUGAGGGGGGUACGGAUGCCGGACACACUGAGGUGGUCCUGCGCUCCCAUUCUCCGCUGGGCCCCUACGAAGAACCACCAGCCGGUAUCAACCCCCUCGUCUUCAAUGGCGGCGUCAAGGGUGCCCAGGUCCAGAACACAGGCCACGCCGACUUUGUUGAGGGAGGAGAUGGCCGCUGGUGGGCAGUCCUUUUGGCUACGAGGGCUCCAAAGGGCGGUGUCCCACAGCUCGGGAGGGAGACGUUCCUUGCACCAGUUCAAUGGAAGGAUGGGUGGCCUAUUAUCAACGGCGGCCAACCGAUCACCGCCACCAUCCCAGCCGAUCUUCCCACGUCGCUCACUGAGGGGCCAUGGACUGAGCGCUUCACGAAUCCUUCGCUUGACCGGGGAUGGUAUCACCUGCGCACUCCCCUCAAGCCCUGCCAUACGCUCACAUCUGGGACCCUCACACUUCAUGGGAACGCACAGACCCUAGACAAUAUUGACAGCCCGGCGGCGCUCUUCCGCAAACAAAAGCACUAUGCUGGGAUUUGGUCGGCGGUGUUGACGUUUGAGCCCGAUAACGAGUGUGAGGAGGCAGGCACGACGAUCUAUUACGGUGUCAACUCGUACGCAGCAGUUUUGGUCCGGAAGAAGGGGCAAGGCCGCGAAGUGGUUGCCCGUUGGAAGGAUGAGGAUAUUGCAGUGAAGGAAGUUUCAGCCCCCAUUUCUGGAACCGGUCCCAUUACGCUGACAAUUCAAGCGGGACCGACGACAUACACGCUCCUUUAUGGAAAGGACAGCGACGACCUCAAGCCGCUUAGGUCCAUUCCCUCCACCCUUAUCUACCGAGGCGUCUACUCUCCGUUGGAGACACCAUUCACCGGGACCAUGCUUGGGAUUUUUGCCCAGUGCACAGACGGGGAGAUGUGUCGCGCGCCCGCUGUGUUUAGCGAGGUGGGGUGGACUCCUGCUCAGUAA